UUAUGAUGGAAAAAUCAUCAUUGACAUCAUUUAUCGGAGAAUGCAAUCGAAUGUGUCCUGUCGACGAGAUUAAAAUGAGGAUUAAAGAAGAACUUGUUCAUCCACUGGAAAAGGUCUUCAAGGCUGGAAAGCUGAUCAAUGACCCAGAUUUGAUGGUCAAGGAAUACAGUAGAUCAGCAGCAGGCAGACAUGAGAUUCCAACCCAGGACCUUAGACCCAGCCCAGUGUUACUCUCAACUGUUGAAUACUUAUUAGGCAGGGUCUCAGUGGUAGAAGGAAGGCCUUGGAGUGAGGUGUAUGAUUUUAUAUUUGACAGACUGAGGGCGGUGAGACAGGACAUGACAAUACAAGAGAUGGAGGGCCAAGAGGCGACAACACUCCUAGAAUACAUUGUCAGGUUCUACAUAUAUUCUGGAUAUAGACUAUGUGAAGAGAAGUUUGACAGAUUUGACCCUAAAAUAAAUGACCAGCAUACACAGGAAUGUCUGAAACAGCUCCUCUCUCUCUACACCACCUGUCAUUUCUGUCCAGAAAACAGGGCAGAGUUUGAGAGCCUCUAUCUCAUUUUCAAUCUAGGUCAGGCAGAAGCUUUACAACAUUAUUAUGAACUGCCUAAAGAUUUAAGAGAACAUAAAUUGGUGAAGAGAUCUUACAUGCUGAGUGUGGCCUACUAUUUUGGAAACUACAUCAAUGUUUUAAAAUGUCUCAAGUCUCCCUGCUUUACCAGGCAUCCUUUGGUGCUGUGUGCCUUCCACAGGAAUCUAACACAGUUACAAAGGAGAGCUCUUAAAGUUAUGAGUCAUGGAUACAGUUCUAAAGCUUUGAAAUACCCAGUACAACACUUAGCAGAUCUUCUGUGGUUUGAUAGUUUGUCUGUCUGUGUGACAUUUUGUGAGGUGUGUGGUCUUCAAGUAAAAGGAGAUGAAUCUGUUCUUUUUCUAAAAUCAUCAUUUAGCGACCCUGAAAAGGUCCAACCAGUUCACAUUUCAGGCAUUGAUUCCCUUCUUUGUCAGCAAUCUCUGGGAACUUUACUUCUUGGGAAAGAUAAACCAUUUGACCUCACAUCAUUAAGACAGAGUCUAGACAAUAUAGGCCUGCCUCAGAAUCAGAAAAUUGCAUUUUCUAAAAAUUUAAGUGAUGGAAAAAAUUACAAACCUAAAAGUGGCAGGGGAAGAGGAAGGGGAAGAGGUCUGAGUUCAAAGGAAGACAAUUAUGCAAGGUCAGAAGUUCAACUAGUAGGAAAGAACCAGGGACAAAAAUGGAACUCUGAUUCAAAAAAUCAUGAACCAUGCACAAAAGAAGAUGGAACAAUAAGUGAUUUUAAAGCUCUGAACCAGUAUGGUAGCUCUAAUCAUACAAAUAUUAGUGCUAGAGCAACAAAGGAAAUGUGGAAAAUGGAUACUUCCUGUGAUCAAAAUGCCAAGAGGACUCAGUUUUAUAAGGAACAGGAAGUGAAUUUUACUCAUGAAUGCUGGGAAGAUGAGCUCUUCACGGAGGAAGACAUGAAAGUCACUUAAGAUGAAAAAUUGUUCCCCCCCUUUUGAUCUAUAAGAUUUCUUUCUUUUGAAGGUUUUAAUAACCUAUAUUAAGAAUAUUUCCCUUUUUUUUAGUAAUUUUUUAAAAGAAAUGCUGAAGAUGCAUUUCUAUUUUAAUAUUGAAGCAGGCAU